AUGUCUCAAGAAAUUUCAUAUACUCCAGCUGUUACGGAGCUCUUAGAUUUUGACAGAAAACACAUCUGGCAUCCUUACACGUCGUUGAGUUCCCCAUUAAAUGUGUACCCAGUGAAAAGUGCGCAUGGGUGCAAGCUUGUUUUGGAUACCGACUCCCCAGUGGACAUCGAGGUGAUCGACGCCAUGUCGUCUUGGUGGUGCGUUAUUCAUGGGUACAACAAUCCAGAAUUGAAUGAGGCUCUCACUAACCAGAUGUUGAAGUUUUCUCACGUGCUUCUCGGUGGGUUCACUCACAAGGGAGCUGUGAACCUUGUUAAAAAAUUGUUGACAGUGAUCGACGAGCCUUCUUUGCAAUACUGCUUUCUUGCAGAUUCUGGCUCGGUAGCGGUGGAAGUGGCUUUGAAGAUGGCCCUACAGUCGAACAUGUCAGAUAAAACUACAAAAAACGGGACUAAGUUUUUAACAAUCAAGAACGGGUAUCAUGGUGAUACAUUUGGCGCCAUGAGUGUUUGUGAUCCGGAGAACUCCAUGCAUCACAUCUACAACGAUCGUCUCAGCAAAAACAUCUUUGCACAGGCUCCCUCUAUCAUCGAUGGUUUGCCCACCAGUCAGAACAAGUUCGAGAAUGAAUGGAAUGAAAAUGAAGUUGAUGACCUCAAAAAGCAAUUCGAAAUGCACAGCCAUGAAAUAUGCGCCGUGAUUUUGGAACCUAUCUUACAAGGUGCGGGCGGAUUGAGGCCAUAUCAUCCACAGUUUCUGAUUGAAGUUCAAAAACUAUGCAACCAGCACAACGUUCUGUUCAUCAUGGACGAGAUUGCCACUGGCUUUGGUAGAACAGGUGAGAUCUUCGCCUUCAAGCACUGUCAAAAAUAUCAGGACAAACUUGGCAUCAGCGCUUCCGAACAGAUUAAAGUGGUUCCGGACAUCAUGUGUGUUGGAAAGGGGUUGACUAGUGGGUACAUGACCAUGAGUGCUGUGGUGGUCAACGACAAAGUGGCCUCCAGAAUCUCCUCCCCAGAUAGUCCCACUGGUGGCUGUUUCAUGCAUGGUCCAACCUUCAUGGGCAACGCUCUGGCAUGCAGUGUUGCAGAGAAGUCUAUGGACAUACUGCUACGUGGUGAAUGGAGACAACAAGUUUCUAGAAUCGAAAACCAGAUUUACAAAGAAUUAUACCAGUACAUCAAGAACCCUGACAAUGGGCUCAUCGGGACUGUUGUCAAGCGUGUGUCAGUUGUAGGAGCCGUGGGUAUCGUAGAGCUGUACAAGAAGGUAGAUCCUGAGUGGUUCCAAAAGAAAUUCAUAUCCAAGGGGGUUCAUAUCAGACCUUUUAACUGUUUAUGUUACAUCAUGCCGCCGUAUGUUAUCACAACGGAAGAAUUAACACAGGUUAACCAAGUCCUGAUCGAAGUCCUGCAUGAAUGGAAAGCCCAUAUAAACCAAUGA